AUGCUGAAGUUCGGAGGCUUAGUAGCUUGGAGGUUAGGAUCCCGUUCCACUAUAAGGAAUUAUGCUGGACCCGGCGCAACCGUGUUUAAAUCCGACAAAUCGGAACACCCCAAAGAUUUAUCAGGCAAGGAUGACUUUGACACUUCAGAUGGUAACUCUAGAACAGGUCUUGUAGCAGCUGCAUUUGCAACCCUUAAUGCACCAGAAAGUGAAAUAAGUAAGCCCAGUUCCAAAUCACUUAAAAUGACAAAGACACAAAUACUUGAUAAUCAAAUACUAAAAGCUGUUGAUGUUAACAGUCUUCUAUCUGUCGCUGAAAACCCUGUGGUGUCUAGGAGGCAUGCCUUAAAGAUGGUAUCCAUCCUCUCAGAAUGGUCUAGUUCAAAUAAAGUGAAGUUGUCAGAUUUUGAGAAAGAUUCAAGAUUUUUAAAGCUCUGUCGGAUUUUGGCUAGGACACAAAGCAGUGACUCUUUAUCUAGCUUGACUAUGGCUGAAGAUUUGAGCACUGUUUUAGGUAUAACUGGGGAUGAUGAAGCAGCUAGACUUAUUGGUAAUCUAUCAUUGCCACAAAUGAUUAAGGUGAUGAAAGCGUUACAUCAAAAGGGUCGCCGAAGUAUACCAUUACUGCGAGCUCUAUCCUACAAUAUAACAAAGCAACCAGAUAGCUUAGAUUUGAAGAAGUCAGCUGAUCUGCUGUUCUCAAUGUCUGCGUUAAGCUUCCCUGAUCCUGUUUUAUUGAAUAGGAUUUGCAAUGACGUCAUAACUAACUUGCCGUCAAAUGCAGACAAGCCAGCGGUCGUAACUUCCAUAGUAGUCUCCCUUGGCCUUCUGAAGUAUAGACACGAAGGAGCACUCUCAGCUAUUGUGGAGUGGAUACAGACAAACAAGGAUGUCUGUAGGCCGAGCGAUGUUGCAUCAGCGGUGGUCACACUUGCAACAUUGAAUUAUAUACCACCUAAUUCAGAUGAAUUUUUUGAGUCAGCAAUGCUCCUGAAAGAGGAAGAAAUGACGAAAGCUCUGUCGUGGUUGGACCUUGUCUUCUCAUUCCUAAUCCUGGAGAAGGCGGAACUUCAUCACCUUUCCUCCACACUGAAGCCUGAGUUCAUUGACAAGCUACUGUCAGUUGGAGAAAUAUCCAUUCCAUCGCGUCGCAAAUUGAUGGCCAUAGACGCGUACGUAGGUCUAAAGUACCCGUCUUCGCCCCGCCUCCCCGAAGACAUAUCGGUGGGCGUGGCCCUGCUGUACACGAAAGAGAAGGCGCUAUACGUCACCAGUGUGAUGGACACGUUCAAGAGUCUCGUCUCGGCGGAGACGUUUCUUCAACGGGAAUGUAAUUCGGGGAUGGGAUUUUUAUAUGAUGCUGAAUUUGCAGUUGAUGCAAAAUGUCAUCCAGUUCCUUUACAAAAAGCCGUGAACAACAAGAAUGUACACCGGAUAGCAGUUCUAGCAUUGGACUACCACGACAUGACGCGAAAGGUUCCCGAGGAACUGGGCGUCAUUCGACUGUACACAAGACUAUUGGAACUUAGGGGUUUAAAAGUACUAAAGGUGCCCUACACAGAAUACAACCCGAAGGACAAAUUAGUGACUCGUGUUCAAUAUAUAGAGAAACGAAUGAAAGAACUCAUCGCUUCAUAG